AUGGAAUCAGAAAACAGAACAGAAGUAUCAGAAUUCAUCCUCCUGGGUCUCUCAGAGGAUCCAGAACUGCUGCCCCUUCUCUUUGGGCUGUUCCUGACCAUGUACCUGGUCACCAUGCUGGGGAACCUGCUCAUCAUCCUGGCGGUUGGAUCUGACUCCCACCUCCACACCCCCAUGUACUUCUUCCUCGCCAACCUGUCUUUUGUUGACAUCUCUUUCACCUCCACUAUAGUCCCAAAGAUGCUGGUGAACAUCCAAACGCAGAACAAAGCCAUCACCUAUGCCGGCUGCCUCACUCAGCUAUAUUUUUUCAUGGUGUUUAUAUGCAUGGACAAUUUACUGCUAACUGUGAUGGCUUAUGACCGCUAUGUGGCCAUCUGCCAUCCUCUAUAUUACGUGGUCAUCAUGAACCCUCGCCUCUGUAGCCUGCUGAUUCUUGUCUCUCUGUUCAUUAGCAUUAUGAGCGCCCUGCUCCAUAGUCUGAUGGUGUUGCAACUGUCCUUCUGCACAGACUUGAAAAUCCCCCACUUCUUCUGUGAGCUUGCUCAGAUCCUCAAACUUGCCUGUUCUGAUACUCUUAUCAAUAACAUCCUGGUGUAUUUAAUGACCAGCUUGUUGGGUGUUGGCCCUCUCUCAGGAAUAAUUUUCUCUUACACUCGUAUUGUCUCCUCCAUCCUGAGAGUCCCAUCAACUAAUGGAAAGGUCAAAGCUUUUUCCACCUGUGGGUCUCACCUGUCUGUUGUUUUCUUAUUCUAUGGGACAUGUGUUGGAGUGUACCUUAGUUCUGCAGCUUCCCUCUCCCCCAGAAGGAGAGCAGCGGCCUCAGUGAUGUACACGGUGGUCACUCCCAUGAUGAAUCCCUUCAUCUACAGCCUCAGGAAUAGAGACAUGAAGGGAGCCUUGCGAAAACUCACCUCUGGAACAUCUUCCUUUUCAUGA